UCUAGCUGACAAGAGGGAGACUGGCUUUUCUGAGUUUGUCAGCUCCCCCUAAAAUAGCAGUCAGCGUGUAAAUGUGAACUGAAAUUACGUUUAUCCACUGGAGCCACCGAUAUAGAGUGUCUAUAUACAGCGACUGACUUGGGAGUAAAGGACAUUUUUCCAAGGAGGACAAAACACCAGAAAGCUGAAAGCCACGAUGUAUUGACUGAAAAAUAAGCGAUAGAAGCUGCACAUUCUCGGUCCAAUAAAGAGGAUAGUGUUUCUUUGAUUGUUUGAUCGUGCUGUGGUUUGCUGAAGAGCGAAGAGUGUAUUGAGAAGAGUAAAAGAGUGUAUACGAGAAAAGAGAGACUGUUGCACAAUGUGCUAGGAGAGCGGUGGAAGACAGCGUGUUGUUUUUCUGAUAUUGUUGAAGUGUCAGAGAGACGGGAAAGGACGCAGCAAUGGGGCGGAAGAAGAUACAGAUCACCAGGAUCAUGGAUGAGAGGAACAGACAGGUUACCUUCACAAAGAGGAAGUUUGGCCUGAUGAAAAAGGCCUAUGAACUGAGCGUACUAUGUGACUGUGAGAUCGCCCUCAUCAUUUUCAACAGCUCUAACAAACUGUUCCAGUACGCCAGCACAGACAUGGACAAAGUGUUGCUGAAAUAUACAGAGUACAACGAGCCCCAUGAGAGCAGAACCAACUCUGACAUUGUAGAGGCGCUAAACAAGAAAGAACACAGAGGUUGUGAUAGCCCGGACCCCGAUGCCUCAUAUGUCCUCACUCCUCACACAGAAGAAAAGUAUAAAAAAAUUAAUGAGGAGUUUGAUAAUAUGAUGAGAAAUCAUAAAAUCCCUACAGCAUUGCCUCAGCAGAACUUCUCAAUGCAUGUGGCAGUGCCUGUAUCCAAUCCUAAUGCCAUGUACCAGCCAGGAGGGACUCUGGGCAGCCAGGCCCUGGCAGCAGCCACAGCCUCUCUGAGUGACAGUGGGAUGCUAUCCCCUCCACAGGCCUCCCUGCACAGGAAUGUGGGCUCUAGUGGAGGCCCCCAGAGGCCCACCAGUGCAGGCAGUGCAGGUGGCAUUCUGGAUACCACAGACCUUUCAGUGCCAAGUGGUGUGGGCUGCAGCCCAGCGGGGAAUGGUUUUGUUAACCCCAGGGGCUCUCCGGGCCUCCUCAGCACACCCAGCGGCAAUGGCCUGGGUAAAGUCAUGCCCACCAAGUCUCCACCACCCCCUGGAGGGAACAUGGGAAUGGGAGGCCGCAAGCCAGACCUAAGGGUUGUUAUCCCUCCAUCUAGCAAAGGGAUGAUGCCCCCACUGUCGGAGGAGGAGGAAAUGGAUUUGAACACCCAGAGGAUAAGCAGCUCCCAGUCCACCCAGCCGCUGGCCACUCCAGUAGUGUCUGUCACCACCCCCAGCUUACCCCCACAGGGCCUGGCCUACUCAGGCAUGCCCACCUCCUACAACCCUGCUGAGUACUCCCUGAAUAGUGCAGAGAUCACCUCCCUACAGGGCUUCGGCUCUCCUGGGCUCUCACUGGGAUCCAUGUCGGCAUGGCAACAGCAUCAACUGGGCCAGGCAGCUCUUAAUUCUUUGGUUGGUGGAGGUCACCUACCUCAGGGCUCCAACCUCUCCAUCAGCACCAGCCAGAGCAUAAACAUCAAGUCCGAGCCCAUCUCGCCGCCACGGGAGCGUGUCACCCCCUCUGGCUUCCCCCCUCAGCAGCCGCAGCAAGGCUCCAGCCGACAGGAAGUUCUGGGACGUUCACCUGCUGACAGCCUCAGCUCCUCCUGUAGCUCUUAUGACGGCAGCGAUCGUGAGGACCACCGGCCAGACUUCCACUCCCCGCUGGGGCUGGGCAGACCUCCGGCUGGAUCUGAGGACAGGGAGAGCCCCUCAGUCAAGCGCCUGCGCAUGGACACAUGGGUGACAUAAAGAGCCCCGGUCGAGCCUCCAGUCACCAGCCAGUCAGAGAGAGGGAGGGGUUAGACAUGGAGAUAAAAGAAAGAGCAAGGGUCCUUAGAGCUAUCAUUAUGAUACUAUUAUUCAACUCCAGUUCAAUUUGUAAGACUGAGUGGAAAAUGUAACAAAGAAGUGUCAGGACAUAUCUAAAGUAAAUUCUCAAACUGAUACAGUAAGAUAAAACAAAUGUCACUUAGCUGGGCUGAAUUAUAUGCACAAGCAGGUGGUAUCAGGUACUUGGUGCAAUUCAGAUGACGUUUGCAGAAGAAAGAUGUUCAAAGAAAAUUGUUAAACAAUAGGCGGUAGAUUAUUGUAGUCACUGGUCUAGUCAGACACUUACAUGUAGUUGCUGUUUUGCUGUUGUGCUCGCAAGUUGCAAACAAUCAGAGAAAGUUGUGUUGCUUUCAGGCUGAGGACCCUUACAUAUGAUGUUCACUGCAAGAACUAUCUUUUAAAGUCAUGCUGUAACCAUACAAGACCUUUAUCUCAAGUGGCCUCUAAUUUAUUGAUUCAGUCAAUCAGGAGAUACAGAGAACAUGGAGUUAAUUAAUACUAUAUAGGAAAUUGGAUCAUACAGUAAACAUCUGCAACAGUUGAGACUACUUAUUGAGUACAUGAAAAAAUACUGUUGCAGGUAAAAACACCAUAGCAACAGAAUAUAUUGCAAUAAUGACAUACUAUUCAUUUUAUAAUUUAAAAGAGUAGGAUAUAUAAAUGUGCAAUUAAGAUAAUGCGAAAAUGUCCAGUUGAACUGGUGAGAAAAUCAACAUGUUCACAUUUGUGUAACAGUUCAUCAGUAAUAUAAGCCAAAGCUGUUCUUUUGUGUUGUUUUGUACAGUUGCUAUGGUUUCCUCAAAAAUUCACUCAAAUGCACCAUUUUUGUCAUAGUUUUAUUUUCUAUUGUGCUUUAUUUCAAACAGUGUAAAGUCAUAUAAACCAGAUCUUGAAUCAAUAUCGAAAGCCAUGAACAUUUGCUGUUCUGUUUGUACAAUUGAAAAUUUGAGCCAAACAUUUUCUUCUGUUGUGUAAAUAGCGACUUUAAUAUAUAUCACCGGGGUGUGAGUACAUACUGAAUGUACUGUAUGAUCACCAUUUUCAAGAAAAGUAUAUUUUUGUGGAUUACAGCCAAGUUUACAAGUGUAGACCCUUAAAAAGUAGAUCAUUCACUGGUCAAUAUUUGCUAUUUUGUUAAUGUUACUGUAAUCUCUCCUAAAUUGAAUUAUCAACAAAACCUUCCAUAUGUUUUAGUUCCAGGUGGUCAAUCUGUUUUUUCUCUCUUUAUUAGUGGUGACUGUUUGUUCUUAAGACAAUGUUAUAACAAUGCUGUGAGGUUGAAGUUCCACUAUUUUCAUAUUUGUGAAGGAUGAUCACAAGGCUAGGGGAAAUAGGGUUUCUUCCCUCCUAUUGUGUUAGCUUGUGUUAGUUGUAUACCAGCAGCUGCUGAAUACACUGCCAACAUUCAAAUCCAAGGUCCUAACCCCACAUUGAAGAAUAAUCUAUUGUUAUUGCAUGUAACUCAAUUGAAAAACAUGCCAUCUCUCAAGCCAUUUCCACUAUCCUGUUUUUGGUUCAUGGAAUUUAAGCAGAAGACAUAAACAUGGCCACUGACCUUCUCACAAAACUGAUCAUGCCUGUGCCCAUAGGUGGUUGUAAAUAUUGCAGUCUACUUGAAAUGUCAGUCAUAAUUAUGUACAAAAGUACUCAUGUGUUUCCUUAAUUGGCUCCAGAAAUUGUAUCUCAUAUCCAUGCCCUAUUACUAGUAAGAAUAAUGUAUGCCUAGGAACCUUAGGAGCCAGAAAAGUCAAAAUCUGAAGGCAUUGAAGUCAUUUAUAUGGAAAGUGUUGCGAUGUAAGGCUGAUGCUUGUGUUAUCACAUCACGCGAAGACAGAAGGGGAAAGGGGGGCUGUGACUUGUUUUCUUCUCCAUCGUCACAGAAGCAAAUAAUUCAGCAGCUAAUUCAUAAAAACAACAACGCAAUGGCAUCGACUUCAAUCUCACUGCUGGAUUGCACACAUUUGUAUGAGAAGUUUGCUGUACGAGGGGGGGUAUCACUCUGCAUUCACCGUGACAUAUCUUGUGUGUUUCUGAGGUUUCCUCCCCAUCAUCAGCUCCAUUGUAGUUUUCAGUAUACGCCCGUAAUGAUCUAUGCAGUUUUUACCCCAAUUCACCUGACUAGUACAGACUAUGAUGUCAUAUUCAGUCCACAAAGCAUUAGGAGGAAGAGCAUCUGAGGGUAGACUGUUAGCCUCUUAUUCUUAAGUGCCACAGCUGGAUUUUUGCUGGAUUACAAGUCACAAUACAAUACAUUUUAUUGAAUGAUUAAUUUGGAUACCCAGGGGCAAUCUCCUCAUGUUCAUAUACAUUGGUAGACAUGCUUAACAUAAUGUAUAGUAAUCCAUAAUGUAAUAAUAUUUAACACAGCAGGUGAAAAUAGCAAUAACAAAUGACUACAACAAAAAUUGUCUGCCUGCCUUGGCAGCAUCACCUCAUAGUUGAGCACAUACUUUAGCACUUGAUGACAUAUCAGGGAAUUUUGUAGUUUCUCUUAUCUAUAUGCACAGUUAGGAAAUGCCUUAUCCCAAAGAAAAAAAUGCACCACUUUUCUUUUACUUUCUUUCAGUUUAAAAACAACAACAACAACAAUGCAGAUACCACUCAAACUUGACCAGACCUGCCUCUUCUACUCAGAAAAGACUCACACAAGAACAUGCAUGGUGAAUGCACUGUGAUACACUUUGCUCUUUUGGUCUAUGUCCAAAUUGUGCACAACUGAUGAAUGUGAAAGGAAAGGGUAAUCAAUGAACCUUUGUAGAGAACUUUCUUCACUUUGCUGUGCAAGAGUACACUGCUUUGCUUCAUGGCUUUUAUAAACAGAACUAUGUGUUUGGUAAGUGUUUGUAGUUUAUAGUUCACUUAACUAAAGAAGCUGUUUUCGGUUUGAAUGCUCAGACCGUUUGGCGGCACAAGCUGGACUUUGUUGCCAAUAAUGAAAUUAUUUGUUUCAAAAUCAAAAGAGAUUUUAAGUUAAUCUACAUUUUAUUUCCCUUGAAUGUGUUAUUUUAUUUUCAUCAUACAAAUAAAUAUUCAAGUGAACUUUUUAUUAAACAAUUAAGAUACUAUGCUAGAUAUUGUUGUACAAAAUUUGUAUUCUUCACAAAAGUACAAAUAUUGGCUUUUAAUGUGUAAUUUAGGUUAUCUCUCUUAUUCUGUAUAAAAUGAAGUAAACGACUCUUACAUAGAAUUUGUUCUCCUGUGAAGUCCCAAACAGUAGAAACUGUCAACUUUAUUAAACACCUCAGUGUAUGCUCAAUCUGAA